AUGAGCCGCCGAUAUUCGCGUGUCGAGUCCAGCUCGGACUUGAUGCAGUUCCUGGAUCGGGGCCACUCGGCCAACACCGAGAACCGGUGGACUUUCGAGAUCGCCUGGGAGGUGGCGAAUAAAGUGGGUGGCAUCUACACAGUGAUCCGAUCGAAGGCAUUCGUGUCGACGGAGGAGCUAGGUGAUCAGUACUGCCUUAUCGGACCGUACAAGGAGGCGUCCGCCCGAACUGAAGUGGAGGCGUGCGAGUUCCCGAGCAAUGGACCAUUCUACCGGGCAGUGACGGCAAUGCGCAACCAAGGCUUCAAGGUGCACUGUGGUCGGUGGCUAGUCGAUGGCAACCCGCAGAUUAUCCUGUUCGACAUCGGCUCGGCGGCUUGGAAGAUGGACGGCUACAAACAGGAGCUUUGGGAUUCGACUAACAUCGGCAUUCCGCACCUGGACAUCGAGUGCAACGACUCGAUCAUCCUUGGGUACUCGAUCGCGACCUUUAUCGAUGAGUUCAAACGCUGCGCCGAGACAUACUCGCACGAGAACGAGUACGGCCCACCGAAGAUCGUGGCCCAUUUCCACGAAUGGCAAGCCGGCGUAGGAUUGAUCGCGCUGCGUACACGCUCAGUCGACGUGGCAACCGUUUUCACGACUCACGCCACCCUGCUGGGUCGGUACCUGUGCGCGGGCAACACCGAUUUCUACAACAACCUCGACAAGUUCCCGGUGGACGAGGAAGCCGGCAAGCGCCAGAUCUACCACCGGUACUGUCUCGAGCGGGCCGCAACGCACCUGUCGCAUGUGUUCACGACCGUGUCCGAAAUCACCGGGUAUGAGGCGGAACACCUGCUGAAGCGCAAACCCGACAUCAUCACACCGAACGGCCUGAACGUGAAGAAGUUCGCCGCGAUCCACGAGUUCCAGAACAUGCACGCGAUGGCGAAGGAGAAGAUCCACGAGUUCACGCGUGGUCACUUCUACGGGCACUUUAACUUUAACAUCGAGAAAACGCUGUACAUGUUCAUCGCGGGUCGGUACGAGUUCUCGAACAAGGGCGCUGACAUCUUCAUCGAAGCGCUUGCGCGCCUGAACCACCAGCUUAAGUCGAACAAUUCGGACGUGACGGUGGUCGCAUUUCUCAUCUUUCCGGCCAAGACGAACAACUUUAAUGUGGAGUCGUUGCGGGGUCACGCCGUCACGAAGCAACUGCGGGAUACGAUCAACAGCAUCCAGCAGGACAUCGGAAAGCGGAUGUACGAGACGUGCCUCCAGGGACAGCUGCCUGAGGGUGCUGAGAUCCUCACCAAGGAGGACAUUGUCAAGAUCAAGCGAUGCCUGUACGCGCUGCAGCGCGAUGGCAAUCCACCCGUCACGACGCACAACGUCGUGGAUGACUGGAAUGAUCCGGUGUUGGACUCGAUCAGACGCUGUCACCUGUUCAACACCAAGUACGAUCGUGUCAAGGUGGUGUUUCAUCCGGAGUUCCUGAACUCGACCAACCCACUGUUUGGGCUCGAUUAUGAGGAAUUUGUGCGUGGCUGCCACCUGGGUGUGUUCCCGUCGUACUAUGAACCGUGGGGUUAUACACCGGCCGAGUGCACCGUCAUGGGGAUUCCGAGCAUCACGACCAACCUGUCUGGGUUCGGGUGCUUCAUGCAUGAACACGUGGCUGAUCCCAAGUCGUACGGUAUAUACAUCGUCGAUCGACGCCACGUUGGGCUUGAGGAGAGCGUUCAGCAGCUGUCGAAGUUCAUGUACGAGUUCUCGAAGCUUAAUCGCCGCCAGCGCAUCAUUCAGCGCAAUCGCACGGAACGGUUGAGCGAUCUGCUCGACUGGCGGAAUCUUGGCAUCUACUAUCGUCAGGCGCGCGUGAAAGCCUUGCAGCGUGUCUAUCCGGACUACGUGGACGAAUCGACGGAGUACUUGAAGCGCACGACUGACUUCACGUAUCCGCGACCGAUCAGUGCACCACCCAGCCCGAGCUCGUCCCGACACACAACGCCGGCACCAUCGCUGCACGGCUCGGAUGACGAGCAGGACUCCGUCGAUUCGGAGGAGGAACUGCAGGAGCUGAAAUUGAACUCGCACCAAUAAGCGGCUGGUGCGGCCAGCCACGUAACCAGCCACAUAAUGCCAGUGCCCCGUGCACGUGUAUGGGGGGUGGUCCGAGAAACGCGACAGGAUCAAAACGCGCCGGCUCCCAAUGAUAUUUUAGCCCGAUGCUGUUCGUCCUUUGCCAGUCGUCCUUGUUUUAACGCAAACGUGACCACGGUCGCGACACUGUUGUGUUCACAGUUACAUACGUCCUAUCGCUAGCUAGCUGUACUUGAGGAGACACCGUGGGAAUGUGUGUUUCAAAUUGUUACUCUUUUAGAAAUAAACCAAUCCUUCCCCACCAAC